CUUUGCUGGUUGCUUGGCUGCGUUAGUUUUGGGAUCCAGGAAGCCGUGUCAGAUUUAUCGCCUUGCCGCAUUUUCUCUAGGCAACCAACAACAACUCGGGGAAUAUUUGAAGAAGCCAAUUUCCCUCUUGACCCCUCCAAACAUCAAGCUAUCAUAUCACAAUCCGAGCACCCCUGUAUUAUUUCUACGCAAAGCUUCGAUGGCUGACUUAAAUACUUCCCUGCCCAAACUAGACCCUGUUGCGGUCGCCGAUUUCCACGACACGCUCAAGGAGUCAAAGCGUAUCGUUGCUCUCAUCGGCGCAGGCCUUUCCGUAUCCUCGGGUCUGGCCACCUUCCGAGGAGCAAACGGACUGUGGAGGAACCAGGACAUAACGCAGGUCGCUUCGCCUGCAGGCUUCCGUCAUGACCCGGGUCUUGUCUGGCAAUUCUAUACAUAUCGCAGACAUGAUGCUCUUCGUGCCAAGCCGAACCCUGCUCACUAUGCUCUUGCCGAGCUCGCGCGCAAAGUACCUGGUUUCGUCGCGUUGACGCAAAACGUUGAUAAUUUGAGCCCUCGGGCUAAUCAUCCGCCCAGCCAGCUGAAGGAGCUCCACGGAAACCUUUUUGCGCUGUCUUGCGUCGACGUGAUCGGGUGUGGGUACACUGAGCGUGACAACUUUGAGGAAUCUCUGUCGCCAGCACUCGAUCCCUCAAAGGACGAGGAGAGGACCAUUGGCAGCAUUGACCCGAACAACAAGCCUCGCGCCAGCCCAGUGCUGUUGGCCGGCAUCGCGCGGAAACACGCACAAAUCCUCGGGGAGAAGUACGAGGGCAAUUCUCCGGCCACACGGGAUCUGACCGCUCUGAAAGCUCCGGAUCAACCAACGCCAUCGAACCCCGUCGCCGGUGUCCGGCUGUCGUCGGGGUUAGAGAAAAAGGACCUGCCGCAAUGCUCCAAGUGCAAGAACAACAUCCUCCGCCCCGCCGUCGUCUGGUUCGGCGAGCCACUGCCCGUUGAGGUUGUUGAAGAGGCCCAGGCGCUUUUCGAUGACCCCGGGCCCAUCGACUUGUUUCUGACGAUUGGAACCACCAGCAAGGUCUGGCCGGCGGCUGGGUAUGCCGAGAUGGCUCGCAAGAAGGGUGCGAGAGUUGCUGUUAUCAACACGCGAGCUGAGGACGCCAGACAUAUUCGGCCAGAUAAGGACUGGGUGUUCGUUGGCGAUGCGACAGUCGUCCUGCCAGAGCUACUGAAACCGGUAAUUGGUGAAUCAUACGAGCAAGUCGAGAAGGAUAUCAAGUGAUAGCGGAAGAGGCACAUUGUCACGAGCCACCGAGGGAUAUCAAGAGCUGGGUGAAUAUAGUCAGUGAUUCCGUGCUCACUUUUACUACUCUAAGAUGUCGUGAGAGCGAGGAGUACUGCAUCUAGUAGACAAGAGAUAGCCAGUACAAUCUCCAUCCGAUUAAGGUAGCAUCAGAUAUCGCUCAACCCAUGC